AUGGAACAGUGGAAAGGUAAAGUAGCGAUCGUAACUGGUGCCAGUGCAGGAAUCGGCAAGGCAAUCGUUGUCAAGUUGGUGAAAUACGGCGUUCAUGUUGUAGCGCUCGCUAGAGGAGAAGCCAAACUUAAGGAAUUAGCAGACUCUCUUAAUGGAAAAGGAAAUAAUCAUGGUACUGUACACAUAAAAGUUUGCGAUGUGACAGAUGAAGAAGCAGUGAAAAAUGUUUUUUCUUGGGUCGAUUCUACACUGGGAGGUGUUAGUAUUUUAAUCAAUAAUGCUGGGACCGCAAUAGUAUCAAGUCUUUUAAAUGGAAAACUGGAAGAUUGGCAAGAAAUGAUGAAUUUAAACGUGUUGGCAUUGAAUGUGUGCUCAAGGGAAGCUUAUCAAUCAAUGACAAAAAAUAAAAUCGAUGGUCAUAUUAUUCAAGUGAACAGUGUUGCUGGUCAUAGUAUAACACCAUACUUUGCCAUGAAAAUGAGCAACGCUACAAAACAUGCAGUCCGAGUCUUAUGCGAGGGACUUCGUCACGAACUACAGUUAGUAGGAUCAAAAAUUAAAGUGUCGAGCAUUAAUCCUGGAGGAGUUUCAACAGACCUUUUAUUAGGUAUUCUUGAACGUAGUAGAGAACCAAAUACAACAAUUCAAGUAAAUAACAUGGAAAUACUUCAAACUGUAGAUAUUGCUAAUGCAGUUAUCACCACUUUAGCGACUCCUCCAACUGUACUUAUUGCUGAAUUGACCAUCAUAGCCAGUGGAUCAACAAUACAAGCACAUUUUCAACCAUCGGCUGCAGUAGUGAACAACUUAUUAAAUUCAUAA